UAUAAUUGAUAAUUUAUAAAAUGGGGUAAUGUACAUCAAGUGAUGGCGAUCCUCAACCAGGAAGUAGAGUUGUUUUGAAAGCAAAAAUAAGAGAAUUUCCUAACAUUGACUUUUAUAAAGGGGAUUAUCCAAUAAAUUUACACCCUUCAGUGAGUUUUCAUCAAAAACAUUGGAUGAAUAAUACCCAAAAUCAUCAGUUGACGAAAUUUUACUCUGAUCUCGAAUCAGACAAAUAGUACAUGCAAUGGUUAUACCCUAAUUUCUUUUAAUCAUUUUUAAAUAUGAAUAGCUACAGAUUAACACCCUAAGAGAGAAACAAAUUCGUGCAAGAUCCUGAUGUAAAGUAUUAUGUUUAUUAAGAUUAUGAAACAAUAUAAACAAAAUGUUGGAAUGUUUUUAAGAUUUCUUGGAAUUAUUCGAAAUGAAAGAUAGGAACUAGAAAUAAUUGAUGAGCCUUAAUUUGAUUAGUGUCUUUUUACUUAUACUCAUAAUUUGAACAGAAUAUAAAGAUUUAUUUCUUCAAUGAGUGUUUUAGGGAUGAGAGAAGAAGCUUUAGAAUUUUUACAUUUAUUACAGAAUAAAUUGAGCAAAAAGCAUAAAGUCUAUAUUUCUAAAUUUGCAGGCUUUGAACCUCUAUAGGAAGAAGGCGGUUUGGAUUCAACAUAGAUGAGGUAUUAAGAAUUUCUUAUAUUUUAGUGACCCAAAUAAUAAAAAAAGUUUUGCAGAAUAUAAAGGCAAUUAUGUUUAGGAAGAUUUACAUGAAGAACCUUGGGUAUCUGUUGCGAUAUUGUCGAAAGAAGCAGUUGAGAUUCCUUAAUAAGAAAACUCUAUAAAUGACAAAGACAUUAUUUGA